UUCGUCUUCUUCCUCCUCUUCCUCCUUUUCCGCACUUUACCAACGCAGCAGCAACAGCUUGGUUCCAGUUCCGAGUGACCUCGACUCCUCUUUUCUCCUCUUCUACCCCGCAUUUGCAACCUCCCUCUGAAUCAGAAUGCAGGGACAUAUAUAUGGGGAUCGAAUAGUCCUAUCUAUCCUCUUUCUCUUUGAGUCCUGGGUUUCCUUCACGCCACCGCCGAGUUAACCUUCCAGUUGUUGGACUUCAAUUCAGUGUGGACUGUGUGCAUUUUUGAGCAUAAACAGUAUACAUCUAUCCUCAAAUCUGGAGAUUUACUAUCUUUCACCAUGAGAGCAGUCCGCUUCUACGGAGCUGGAGACAUCCGGGUUGAUCAGAUCGAAGAGCCGGUCUGCGGCGAGAAGCAAGUCAAGAUCCGACCUGCGUUUGUAGGGAUCUGCGGAAGUGAUUUGCAUGAGUACACGUGCGGGCCGCAUCUGGUACCCCUGACGCCACAUGCGAUCACCGGGGGAAAGCUCCCAACAACCCUGGGCCACGAGUUUAGCGGCAUAGUCGAGGAGGUGGGAGCCGCGGUUGCAGAUGCUGUCGCAGACCUCAAAGUUGGAGAUCGGGUUGCUGUUCGGCCCAACUUGUCCGACGGGAGUUGUCCUCCCUGUUUGCGCGGAACUCCGAACUGUUGUCGCAAUUUGGGCUUUGUGGGCUAUAGUAGCAAUGCAGGGGGCUUGUCGGACCACGUCGUGGUUGACGCCGACCAUGCCAUUCCGCUACCAGACACCAUCCCUUUGGAUAUCGGCGCGCUUGUUGAACCGUUGUCUGUGGCGUGGCACGCAGCAGACCGCAGCCCUCUCGAGGGUGCUCGGACUGUUCUCGUCGUUGGAGGGGGUCCUAUUGGUUUGGCUGUGGUUCAAGUGCUUUUAGCCCGAGGAGUCGAGUCUAUCGUCGUCGCGGAAGUCUCGUCGCGACGACGAGAAUUUGCGAGUAAAUUGGGCGCAACUCAUGUCCUUGAUCCUCGGACGCAAGAUGUCGUCUCCAUGGUACAGGCAAUGACCGGGAACGCAGGCGCAGAUGUAGCCUUUGAAUGCUCUGGCGUGCAAGCUGGAUUGGAUACGGCUCUUCGGGGCAUCCGGAUCCGAGGAACAGUCACGAUUGUGUCUCUCUGGGAGGCAAAACCGAUCAUAGACGCCCAGGCCAUCGUGCUAGACGAGAAGCAUGUAAUCGGGGCGGCAAUCUUUGCCGAUGGGAUCUUUCCAGCUGUCAUUGAAGCCAUAAGCUCGGGCAAGCUCAAUCCUCAAUCCAUGAUCACUAGCAAGAUUCGAAUGGAAGACAUUGUCGAAAAAGGAUUUGAGGCCCUGAUCCACGAAAAAGAUGAACAUGUCAAGAUCUUAGUUGACAUUUCGGCAUGAAGCCCAGGAGGAAGGAUCUUAGGUGAGACAAGACGACCUGGUCAGAUGCGGCUGUGAAGGUCGCACAGUUGUACCUCAAAAUAGUGUUUGUGUUGUCAAGUCCUCUUCCGAAGCCAUACAUGACGGCCCCAGGCGUGUGUGAUGGCACAUUUAGUGUGUAUAAUGACGCCAGCCACUCUCGGUCUACUUAGGAGCUGAAGGCAAGAACCGAAGCCUGUCAGCAAUGCCAAGAGAAUCCGGCCAUGAUAAUCCUGGGCUAGAUACUCAUACAUACCUACUAGCAUGGCCUUCGUCUGCUUCUUCUUUUUUGGUUCUCGC